GGCCGCAGCGGAAAAGGAAAAGUGAAAGUCGUAAAGAAGAUUUCCAAAGUCCCCCUUGGGUUGGGCAGCUUUUUCUUCCCGAGCCUGCAACCUCCUGCCGCUUCUCCAGCCACCAUCGGACUCCGCGGGGUUGCAUUUCCCUCCGUCUGUCCCUGCCCUCUCCAUCUCCUGGGUCGGACAAGGAAUCAGGAACAUCUGGCAAGAUUUUGGAAGAAUUUAAGACUACCUGAAAGAGUUGUUAAGUCUAAGGAAGCAGAAUCCAGGUGAAAUAAAGUGGUCAUGGCUGCCAGACCCCUACCAGAGACCCUCCUGGAAGAACUGACCUGCAGUAUUUGUGUGGAGCACUUGAAGGACCCAGUCAGCAUUCCCUGUGGCCACAGUUUCUGCCGAGUCUGUAUCACUGAGCUAUGUGACUAUUAUAAAACCCAUGUCCGGGGCUCAGUGUCCUGUCCGAUUUGCAAGAAACUUUUUCAAAAGGAAAACAUCAGUCCCAAUUGGGUGCUGGCACAAUUAGUCCCCAACCUCCUCAACCUAGGACUCUCUGAUAAGCAACCAGAAGAUUCUAAACAACCAGCAGAUUAUCAGCUUUGCAAGCGGCAUGGGGAAAAGACCUUUUUCUACUGUGAAACAGAUGAGCAGUUCCUGUGCUUUGUGUGCAGGGAGCUCCGAGAGCACAGUAGUCAUGUUGUCCUACCGGUAGAGGAUGCUGCCCAGCCCUACAAAGAUGAAAUUCAGAGACAGCUGGAAAGUCUGAAGGAAUCCAAAGAAAAAAUUAUGCAUUUGAAGGGAAACAAUACGUUCCAGGCACUGCUGAAUCAAAUCCAAGACAAUAAACUGAGAAUUGUGUCUGAGUAUCAGCAGUUCCGGGAGUUCCUUGAUCUACAGGAACAACUCCUCUUGGCCCAAAUGGAGGAGCUAGAGAAGGACAUCACCUGUAAGAAGGAGCAACAUGUCAACCAAGUCUCUCAAAAAAUAUCUCAUCUUGAAAAAUUAAUAAGUAAAAUGGAGGAGAGAGCUUCUCAGACCCCAAGCGAAAUCCUUAAGAUCAAAAAACAAUUGGAAGAAAGGUGGGAGAAAGAACAGGUCCUGACCCCUUUCACCACCUCCCAAGACCUAGAAGAGAGAGUGUGUGCAUUCACUGGAAAGAUAGAUGCCUUGGAGGAAUCCAUGAGAAGUUUCAAAGCUCCAUGGCUACAACUUCACCUUCAGAACAAGACAACUAAGAAAGAGAUAUGCCACACAGUGGAGCAGGUGUUAUACCAACUUGCCACUGAAAUAAUAACCCAAUCUAAGUUGAAAGAUGGUCAAGGAGUCAUUUCUGAAACAGACAUGUCUGAAAUACUAGAGAUGCUGGUCCUGGGAAAAUUAAAAGAAGUAUCUUCCAGAUUAAGAAUGAAAAUGAAGACUACCCCCUUGAGAGUAGCUGUGGUUGGAAAUGCUUCCCUGAGUGAUUCACUGAUUCAUUCUCUGCAUGUAUUUACUUUGAAGGCAAAUAUGGAAGCUCUUUCUUUCCCAGAUGUUUUCACGGUCCCCUUUGUUGCAGAGUCGCUACCAGAUAUUGAGACAUACAGGGAACCAGUAACAACUUACCUGAAGGAGAUAGAUUGUGGCCAUUUUGAUGUUGUCCUCAUUAUUGUCUCUAUCUGCAUUGAAUCCAUUCAUACCAGCCUAGCAAUAGAGCUCCACAAUAUGGGGAAGAAGGUGUAUUUCAUCUCAAUAAAUGCACAUCUCAUCUCAGCAUUCCCAGAUUUAUGGUUCAACUUGGAAAAUGCAAAGCUAUUUGUAUGGAACCUGGAAAGGAUAGGUAUAAGUAAUCCUCAAGUAUUCCUGAUCUCUGUCAUGAAUGACAUAUCUGACUUUGCAACUUUUUCUAGUGCCUUGAGGGCAUUUGAAGAUCAGAGGAGGGUCAAGGCUCAGACUUUGAUGGAUUACCUGUGUCAUAUCUGUGUAGAUGCCAUUGAGAGGAAGAAGACUGCCUUGCAGGGGAUAAUUGGAGUGGAAUCUUUGAUGGUAGCCCUACAAGUCACUGCUAGUUCUGGGGUUUUAGCCCAGCUCAGGGCCUGUCUGAGUCAUUAUCGAAAGUUCUUUGGGGUGGAUGAUCUUUCCCUCACUAAUCUGGCUCAGAUGUUUGGUUGGAACAUAAAGGAAUUACAGGGCACAACCAAGUCCUGGAAUUUGCAGGCACUCAUAAAAGACAAUCAAAAAUUAGCUAUUUUCACAGGCAGGAAGGUUGAGGUAGCAAAGCUUCCUCACCAACACAGUUACCAAAAAUUAUAUAAUCAAGCUCAUGACAUACAUAACUAUUUUCUUGAAAUAGUGACCAAUGAUGCAAUGACGGUCUUUCAGAAAAUAUGGCUGGAGCUGUCUUAAGAAGCCAAUUGAUCUUGUAAGUCUCAGAAACUAUGACCAAUCCCCUGCAAUUUUACUUCCACCCAAAAUCCCUCUUCUGUUCAUCUUCCAAGUACUGCAACCAAAAUGCUUCUUGGACUUCCAUAUCAUUGGCAUAGAAGACUGAAAUAAUUCGUAAUUUUUGUACACAAGGCAAACUAACCACUUGGUUUCAAGGGCUGCUAACACUUUAUUCUGUUUCAAAGUUGGUCUUCGUGUCCCACAAUGAAGUUUCAUGAGACUGCAGAACCUCUGACCCAUACCAUUACCACCUAUAUCUAUUGCAACAAGCUACCAUUCUGUGACCAGUUAGUGUCAGAGAUAGGUUUGAGCCAGUUCACCUGUCUCCCAAGACAGGAUUUUUCCCCUGAUCCAUAGUUAGCUUUAAUCCACAAGUAUUUAUUAAUGAACUCUUAUUAUGCUAGGUGAUAUGGGAGAUAUGGAGAAGUGCAAGAAGUUUCUGCCUUCUAUAACAUUGUAAUCUAAUUAAGGAAAUCAUAGGACCUUAUUUUUGAAGGAAACAGACAUUAUUUAGUCCAAGUCCCAUUUAAAAAUCUCCAUUAUAACAUCCCCGAUAAAAACAUCAAGUCCAGUACAAGAACUGAGUAUCUCCCAAGGCAACAUCUUCGACUUUUGACUAACUUUGAUUGUUUUUAUGGAAGUACAUUUGUUCAAGGUGCAAAAAAAUUGCCUUAAAGGUUCUCUUCCAAAAAUAUCUUCAAUCCACACACCAAAAUCAUUCAAAAUACUUCAAAAGAUGUGACAAUACAAAAACAGUUAUAUCAGUACUUUUUAUUAUAAUAACUGGAAAACAAAGUGGGUGGUCAUCAUUUGGUGAUUGAAUAAAUUAAGGCAUAGGAUAUAACAGAAUAUCACACUGUAAGAAAUGAUAAGUAUGAUAGACUCAGAGAAACUUGGAAAGAUUUUUCUAAACUGAUAUAAAGUGAAAUGAGCAGGACACCAGGACAGUUAACACAGUGAUAAUAGUAGUGUAAAGGAAAAUAAUUUUAAAAGACAUAAGAACGCUGAUCAAUGCAAUUACCAAUUAUUACUCCAUAACACUGAUGAUGCAGUCUUGGCAGAAAAGUGAUGAAUAGAGAUACAGAAUGGGACAUCCAUUUUUCAGACCCAGCUAAUGAUUUGUUUUGCUUAACUAUACUUAUUUGUUACAAUGGAGGACUCCUAUAGGAAGGGGGUAUUGGAGUUGGAAGAGGAGAUAAGGGAUGGUAAUAGUAAUGCAGAAAAAUAAAAAAAAGCAUCAGUAAAAUAUCUUAAAAUACAAAGAAGAAAGCAGUGAGAAGUUCAAAAGAGGACAUAGAUAAGCUGGGAAGUUUUAUUGUCAUGUUAAAUUUAAUAUACACUUUAAAACUAACACUAUGAAAGUUUAAAGCUGCAUACAUAAUCUUUUAUGUUCUUUGUAUAUUGAAAUGUUCAUUUAUUAAUGUUAAGUUUAUAAUAAAAAUUUUUUAAAAA